AUGUUGAUCUCAGAUUCAGGGCGCCCCAAGCAGAUUAUGCGUAGAGGAGUACUAAUGUCACAGUUGCAACAGAAUGCUACAACUUUGCCAUUGUGGGUGAGCAAGCCUGGGGAGAGGUAGGAAUUUAAGAUUAUAAAGGAUCUUUCUUUAAAUUAGUAUCUGAUACCACAUAAGGCAAUUGGUAAGGCAAUGUCAGUCAUAUAAAAAAUUUAUAGGUUUGGUGAAAUAUAUUUAUAAAACUUUUUAAAAGUGUAAUUGCCAAUAUAACUUUAAGAUAUUACAAUUGUAUAAAUGCUACUCUGCUAAUUACUGCAAACUUUGCAAACAAUGAAAACAUUGCUGUCUCACAAUUAAUGAGGAAUGAAAGUUGAAACUAAACUUCAGCAAGAAGAAAGUUACUAUGCUAAAAAAGAUGUAUCUCAUAUGCCACAGUGUUUGGCGCUAUUACUCUAUUGAUCUUUAUUUUCGAAACUGAAUCAUGUAUGAAGAUAUUAUAAAUAAAUGACAUUAAGUUAAAUAUAAAGUUAUAAUUACUUACUAUUUUUUUAAAAACCUGCUAAAAGCCCUCCACCUCUGUGUGGCGCUGUCGCUGCUGACGGUAACUACAUCUCACAACCGGAAGACAAAGUAGCAGCCCGUGUCAAAGGUCAGGAUGGUGAGGAAAACUGGAUCCUAGCUGAGGUUGUUCAUUUCAAUGCUCACACUGGCAAGUAUGAGGUUGAUGAUGUGGAUGCAGAGGAAGGCAAAGAGUGAGUUCUUGAAAUUUUUUUCAUACAUUAUAAAGUUUAGUUUAUGUUUGUAUAGAAAGUUAGAGAAUUUUAGCAUUUAAAUUCAUAAUCUCAAUCAUUUUUAAGAUUAAGCUGUAUAGUUAAAGUUAAUGAAGGUCAGUCAAAUGGUCACUCUUACUGUCUCACAUUGAAAGUCGAAGGCAAAAACUAUGUAUAGAAAAAUGACUUUUUCCGUUUUAUUAUUAUACUAUAGAAUAUAGAGAAAAAAAUCUGAAUAGAUUUCCAUCAUUUAAAAAGCAAGUCCAAUGUGCAUUGUACAAACUGUUUACUCUUCUUUAAAACACACAGCCAAUGAUUGAAUGGUUAUAAUUAUAAUAUUAAUGAAUUUAAAAAGUUUAAAUUGUGCACUGGGCUUGAUUUUGUCGGUAAAUUCCAGAGUUGGAUGGUAAUUUCUUCCCCUAAAAUAUUAAGUUUGUCUUCUCAUCCUAGACGUCAUUCCAUAAGUCGACGUAGAGUUGUCCCCCUUCCCAUUUGGAAGGCGAACCCUGAAACCGAUCCUGGUGCUUUGUUUGCUAAGAAAACUGUGAGUAUUGAUAUGAACUUAUCCCAUUUAUUUCUACCAAUAGAUAUUUUCACUUUGAGUUGUGCAUUGAUAUUUACUUGACUAGUUUAUUUCUGCUAUUAGAUAUUUAAUCUUUGAGUUAAGCAUUGAAAUGAAUUGUAGGCUACAAUUUUAAUGGAAGUACUAGUAUUAGUAGGUUGUUUUUUUUUCCUUUUAAAUACUGUAUUUAAAAAAACUUGAAUCAGCUUUUCUACUCAUUUUCAGCUUGUGCUUGCCCUUUAUCCACAAACAACCUGUUUCUACCGUGCUUUGGUGGAUGAACCCCCCAAAAAGGUUAGAAAUUAACGAAUUUUUGUUAGACGAAUGACACCUUUAUGUCAUUAUAAAAAAACGGUGCUAGUAGCACACAUUUUUUCUCACUCCCAAAAAAAUCUUAUUGUACUUUUAAAUAUAAAUUCUACAGUAAUUCAACUUAUCAAUGCCUGAAUAAAUUGAUAACUUACCACAUUAGGCUGGCACUAAACAGUUAUACAAUGAGAGUAUUUGGCUUAACGUUAUUUCAAUUUGCUUAAAUUUGGCAUAAUUGUUACAUUUCAGAUGCACAAAUCAAACAUUAAUAGAACUAAUGUCUUCAUAGUUAUAAUUCUUCACCAUGGCCUCAAGCUGAAGGGCACAUGCCCAACACACUACUGGAUCUGAAGGAUGGUGAUGAUCAUAUAGUUACAAUUUUUGUGAUCAUUCAGAUCCAUCGGCCAUUUGGGCACGAGCCUGCGGCCAUGGUGAAGAAUUUAGACACACUCUGCUGCUGUUGGUUUAGUCUGGUAUUUUUGGUAGAUGGUUUAGGCCUAAGUCUUGAAGUUCUGGGCUGUGGAAGAGGUGAUGUGUAACUGUCUCAUCUGGAUGUUAUCUGGAUGUUAGCUGGAUGUUAUCAGGAUGUUAGCUGGAUUUUAGCAGAGGAGGCACGAAUCUGGUGCGAAUUAAAUUGUAUGCCUCCUGUGCGCAGACGAAAGAUUAUGACCUGUUCAUGUGUCAGGAGUAAGUUUAUUGGAUCUUUGGGGUCCAGGCUGGGCAUGUGUGUGAAAACACAUCUUCCUGUUGAGCCCAUAGCCCAUCCUUUUAACCAUUCUUUUUUGUUUAGCUCUGAUAAUCUGCUAUGCAGUGUCGAGUGAUGUAGGUGUGUUUUGCUGUUCAUCGGAUACUCACUCUCUGUUCUGUUAGUUUGUCUACUCCUUCAUUUCCUGAUAUAUUUUGUUGUCCUGAUAUCCACUGUAAAAUUAGCUUGAAUGCAUAGGUUUUGAGGAAGGUGUUUAUUUUCAGAAGUGGUGCUUUUACCAUUGUGUUGUUAGAUGUUGAUGCUCAGCUGCUUCAAGUAUUGAUUUGCAAUCUGAGAAGACGAACACCAUUUCUUUGUUUGCUGGGAUGAACUGUGAAGAUUCCAGAUAAGUGGUGUAGCGCUGCUUCAAUAGUAGUCGCCUCUGCUUCAUAAUUACUGUAGAUCACCCCACAGGCAUUCCAGAGUUUGUCACAUGAUUGCUCUGGAUACCUUAUCUGUAUGCCAUUUGUACGCAUGUAGGGAUCAUAUGAAAGCUGUAUAUCUUGUGCUCUGGUUUCUAGUGCAUGUAUCAUUGUGUAAGAGGGUCUGUACUUUCUUGUCUAUCUUUUCCAUUAGAUCUGUUUUGAUGUAAUCCAUUUGUAAAGGGUGUUUGGGGAUAGGUCUCUUGGUAUGAUUUACAAGUCUUCUCUGUCUGCUGGUAUGUGGUGUUUCUCUUUAAUUUCAGAGGCCAUAUCUGUUGUAUUCUAUGGUUUGAUCUACAUUUUUUCAACCACUUGUUUAUUUGGAUGUUUUUGUGCCGUCACAAUUGCUGCCUCUCUUCAAAGAUUUAGUGGCUCCAUAUUUGUGUGUAUUUUCCCUGCUGCUGUUGAGGUAGAUGAAGCCUGGCUUUGUUCUUUUCAUAGAGUACUGCAGUGUAUUCCAUCACUGGUUGCACAUAUCCUAUGAUAACUCGCGCAGCAUUGUCGUGUCACUGCCCCAUGAGGUACUGGCCAGCCUUUUAACAAGCUUUAGCCGUCUAGUUGUCAAGUUUUUUUUUUACAUGCUUUUUUUAAAUUGAGUAGGCCUUCUUUAUCAAACUGGACACCUGGAUAUAUUGGGUUGUCUUCUUUUUGUAGUAUGUUGCCUUUUACUUUUAGGGAUAGUAAGUUCUGCCUUAUAAUUACAAUACAAAAAUCCAACCAUGAACAGCAUGCCUAUGAACAGCAUGCCUAUGAACAGCAUGCCUAUGAACAGCAUGCCUAUGGCUGUUUGAAACACACAGAUUUCUUCCUGCUCUAGCAAGUGACCCUGCUUCUUGUCUUUUUUUUUCAUCAAGUAUCAAUAUUCAUUUUGGAUUUUUAAAAACAAAUGUCCAUGGAUCAAUAAUUAAUGAUUUUUGUUUGACCAUUUAGCCGCAGGAUGACUACUCAGUCCUGUUUGAAGACACAUCUUAUGCCACCGGCUACUCUCCACCGCUGAUGGUGCCACAGAGAUAUGUUAUUGCCUGCAAAGAAGAUAAAAAGAAAUAG